UUUUACUUCUCAGGUCUGGAGGGAGUUUUGCCGAGCCCUUAGUGUUUCUGUCAGCCUGUCGUCUGGCCACCAUCCACAAAGCAACGGGCAGGCAGAGAGACUCAAUCAAGACCUUGGGGCCGCGUUGAGGUGUGUGACCGCUAAAAACCCCACCUCUUGGUCUACUUUCCUCCCACAACUCCCACAACUCCCAGGUCUCCUCAGCUACUGGGCUAUCUCCAUUCACCUGCGCCAUGGGGUUUCAGCCACCUCUGUUCCCUUCGCUGGAGAAGGAAGUUGCGGUGCCCUCUGUGCAAGCACAACUGUGUCGCUGCCGCUGGGUAUGGAGGGAAGCCCGGGCCGCAUUGCAGCGCACGUCUGAACGCAAUCGCCGUCUGGCCGACCGUCACCGUACUCCGGCCCCUGACUACCGCCCGGGCCAGAUGGUCUGGCUAUCAGCUAGGGACCUGCCUCUCCAGACCACCUCCAAGAAGCUCUCCCCCCGUUUCAUCGGGCCUUACCCUAUAGAGGCAAUCAUUAAUCCCACUGCUGUCAAACUGAAGCUACCACCCCACUUCCGCAUCCACCCAGUGUUCCAUGUUUCCCAGGUGAAGCCCGUGCUGUCCAGCCCCCACUCUGUCCCUGAACCAACUCAGCCCCCACCACGCCUGAUUGACGGACACCCAGCCUACACCGUCCGUCGUCUCCUGGAUGUCCGUCCCCGGGGCCGGGGUUACCGUUAUUUGGUGGACUGGGCCGGCUACGGGCCAGAAGAACGCUCUUGCAUUCCCGCCUCCCAGAUCCUGGACAAAACCCUCAUCCGGGACUUCCACAAAACCCACCCCAACAAGCAGGGUGGGCCACCUGGUGGCGUCCGUUGAAGGGGGGGUCCUGUUACGGUGGCUGCUCAGCAGGGGUGAGUGUUCUGCUUUCCUUCAGUUCGUUCUAAUAUUUUCUGUUAUUUGUUUUGGUCUUGUGUUCCCCCUCGUGUCUCUUCCCUCCCUACGGCUCUCUCUCUCCCUGCGUUCUGGAACCAUCGCUCCUCCUACCACCACCCUCUGCCACCUGCACACCUGGUCUUCAUCUUCAUCAAGCUCAAGAUAAAAACCCGGCCUUUCUCAACACUCUUCACCGGAUCGUCUGCUGCAUUAGUCCUGAGUUGCUCACCUUGCUGAUCUUC